GACACACACGAUGGUUCGGAAAAUGUUUGUUGUAAGUGCAUCACAUUUUCCGGCCUGUUUCACCAUCGUGCGUAUAUGUGAGCAGCAUAUGUUGUGUAUGCGUUCGACGGGCGCGAUACCAGGCAGUGCGGUGGCUGCAGCCGACACCAUUUCCGCGCCGUGGACCCCCGCGAGUUCCGGGCCGCCGCCCGACGCCAACGGCUCCGGCUCGGAUACGAAGAACCUCGACGUUGGCGAAAUUAGCGAUGACGAGAAGGACUUGUCGGCAGCGGACGCGGAGGGUGUGUGGUCGCCGGAUAUCGAACAGAGCUUCCAGGAAGCUCUUACCAUAUAUCCGCCAUGUGGUCGACGCAAAAUCAUCCUUUCCGACGAAGGGAAGAUGUACGGUCGCAACGAGCUGAUCGCCCGUUAUAUCAAAUUGAGGACCGGUAAGACGAGAACGCGAAAACAAGUAUCCUCGCACAUACAGGUUCUCGCGAGAAGAAAACUUCGGGAAAUACAGGCAAAACUCAAAGUGGAUCAUGCCGCCAAGGAGAAGGCGCUCCAGACAAUGUCAAGCAUGUCAAGCGCCCAAAUAGUAUCAGCUGGAAGCGCGAUACACAACAAGAUGCCCCUCAUGGGCGGGACCCUUGCCCUUCAUGCUUCCACCCCUGUCUCCUAUCCCGGAGCGCAAUUUUGGCAGCCAGGCCUGCAACCAGGAACGUCCCAGGAUGUCAAACCCUUCCCUCAGCCUGCCUACACCGGAAAACCUGCGACAGCAGUCUCGAGCGGUGAUUUGGUCCAAGCGCAGCCUGCACCACCAUGGGAAGGACGUGCUAUCGCGACUCACAAGCUCAGGCUUGUUGAGUUUUCGGCCUACAUGGAACAACAAAGAGAACAGGAGAUUUACCACAAACACCUGUUCGUCCAUAUAGGAGGUUCCGCGACAUACGCCGAUCCGCUAUUGGAAGCGGUCGAUGUUAAACAGAUAUAUGACAAAUUCCCGGAAAAGAAGGGCGGUCUUAAAGAACUUUACGAUAAAGGACCGCAAGCAGCUUUCUUCCUCGUUAAGUUUUGGGCUGAUCUCAAUAGUAACAUCCAAGACGAAAGUGGAGUAUUUUACGGCGUCACGAGCCAGUGA